AGUAGUUCUCCGCGCAGGCUUUUUCGGAGGAGUACGAUCUGUAGUCGCAACAUUUCAGUUUCGAUUUCAACGUUCUGGCGACCGGCGAGGGAGUGAGGGAUUUUCGCGGCUUUUUGGUUUCGUUUGCUGGGUAGGCUCUCUUCUUGUGCUCGCUUUCGUUCCUCGAUCUCGUCAUGACCGACUCGACCGAGAGUACUGCGGCUUUGGCGUCGUUGCAGUUAAUUUUAGGUCUAUUAGAAAGCAGUGACAGCAGUGACAGCGAAAGCAGCGACAGCGACGAAGACGACGGAGAUACAAGCUCCUCCAGCUCGAGUGACGACGAGGCAGCCGUUCUCGGCGAAGUGUUCGCCGAGACGUUCGCCUUGCCAGCGAAGAGGCCCAAGAUAACCCGUUAUGUCGAAGACGUUGUGCGCGCCUAUUCGGAUGAAGAGUUCCGACGCAACUUUCGCCUCCAACGGGAGCCCGCCUACGCCGUGAUCGAGAGGUACGAGCGGUCUGUAUAUUACAGGGGAUCGAUUCACGGAGGGUCCAACCCGAAAACCGCCGAAGUUUGCAUCCUCUCUUUUCUCUGGUAUGCUGGCAACAAAACCUGCAUUCGAGAUGUUGCAGGCCGCUUUGACAUGGGGGAAAGCACCCUUUCCCGCAUCCUGAAUCGUGUGGCUGAGUUCCUGUGCAGCAUUGCUCCAGAUGAGAUCCGCUUUCCUGACGAUGUGGCAGCCCUUGCCAAGGAUUUUGAGGAGGUUUCAGGCUUUCCUGGGGUCGUGGGUUGCGUCGACGGCAGCUACAUCGGCAUCCGGUGCCCUGACAACAAGGUGAAGUCAACAUAUGUCAAUCGACAUGACAAGACUUCACUGACGUUGCAGGGCAUCUGUGAUCACAGACGCCGCUUUGUGGAUGUUUUCACGGGCCCACCAAGCAAGAUUCACGACUCAAGGAUUUAUAAAUUAUCGUUUGUGUCGCGGAUCAUCCCAUUUCUAUGCUGCAUGGGCAAGUAUCACCUUCUUGGCGAUGCAGCAUACCCGUUGAGGGAGACUUUGGUCACUCCUUUUCGGGAUUAUGGGACAUUAACUAACCAGCAGAAGAGCUUCAACACUAAGUUGAGCUCCACAAGGGUGCUCAUUGAGAAUGCCUUCGGGCUACUCAAACAGCGCUUCAGGCAACUGAUAAACCUGGAGUUCCCGACAGUGCGCCGAAUGUCCACGUUUAUCAUUGCUUGUUGCGUCUUGCACAACUUGUGCAUUGAUGCUGGGGACACUGAAAUCCGUGAUGCUGAGGUGGAAGAGCUGAGGCGCCAGGAGUUGCUCAGGGUGGACAGCAGGGGCUCGCCCGAGGAGGACCUGCCGGGCGUCUCUCUCUCGGAUGCCGCACUCAGGGUGCUCGGACGCAUUAAAAGGGACAGGCUGGUCUCAUCCCUUUUCCCCACUGGUUGAGCUCCUCGCGCAGGCAUCAAGCGCUCAAUGGCGCCCUGAGGCAGCUCCUGAUAAC